AUGAUAAACAAUGAGCUGCAUUACCUUAAAUACAUUGUAAGUGAUAUUUUUGGACAUUGUUGUGGAGAUAUAAUGGAACUAAUUUUACUCUAUGGGAACAAGCUAACAAUAAACGAAAUGAUAAACCUAUCGAAUUAUGAAUUCUGCAUUGUGAGAAAUGUCCUGUUGUGUUUACUUAUCCACAACAUUGUAGAUAUUCAAGUAAUUUACAGCAAAUCUCAUGAAUGCAACCACAUAUUGAUCCCUGAUUCGAAAAAAGAGAAUUUUCUAUCGAAUGAAAAGAAUAUUGAAAGAGAUGGAUACAGGGGAAAGGUAACCACCGUCGAUAGAAAUGACUCGGUAAAAUACAUAGAAUCAACACAUCUGGAUGAAGUGGUGGAAGAAAUGGUGGAAGCAAUGGGACCUGUGGGAGUCACAAGAGCUUUUAAUAUUGCAACCAAUGAUUAUGGUAUACAUAAUGAUGUCAAAUAUAAGGGUGAUAUUAAAGAUGAAACAAAAGACGGACUAACAAAAAAUACAAAUAUAAACGAACAGAUACGAUUCUUGACAGAACAUGAACACUACAAAUAUAUGAAAGGAUGUAGCUGUCCCUCGUGUAUCUGUAAAAUAAAACGAGUAGAAUAUUUCGUUAUUGUUAAUAAUAUUUAUACACUUGUUCGAUAUUCAUCCAUACUUUAUUAUAUGCAUCCGACCCAAGUCAAGGGAAGCAGCAAUGACGAUAUAUUAGAGCAUCAUCACCUUUAUGUAUCCACACCUGCAGUUGAUACCUCUCAUAGCACAUCUGCACCCAGAAACAAAAGUAAAAAUAUGAUUACAUCAAAUGUUACUUGUCCUGAUACGAAAACCCAUAAUUUGAUGCACAACAUGAGCUACAACUUUUUUACAUCUAAUAUUUUAUGUGAUAAUAACAGUAUUGCCCAAGGAGAAGUAGAUAAUAAUAAUGUAGAGGAGACAUUUUCAAAAGGAGACUUGGUACAUUUUAUCGAAAAGGUCAUACUCUUAAGAAUAAUUAAAAAUGGGAGAAUUACAAUCGAUACAUGUCUAAAAAAUCUGAAACACGAUGAUUAUGUUGAAGUGUGCAAAAAAGAAAUUCCUAAUAUAAAAAAAAAAAAAUUAAGAUUAAUUUUUUUACAAUUGUUAAAAAAAAAAUUUAUAAAAAAAUGUAAAUAUUUUAAUGAACAUGCAUGUGAAAAUGAUUCUAAUACUAGAGAACAUAUGACCAAAUAUAGCAACUCAAUUAAUUAUAUGAACGCGUGUCUUGAUCCCACGUUGUCAUCCACAAAUAACUGCUCAUCUUUGUAUCAUUUGAAUCCAAAUAACGAAAUAACCAUGAAUAAAUUAGAACAAAAUACCCAAAAAAUAAACACUUCUCAUAAUAGCAAGAACAAGAUUUAUCAUAAUGCACAUUCGAACUACUAUGAUAUGAGUAAGUCAAAUGAUCAUACAAACCCUUCCGAAUUUGAAAGGAACAACCAUUUUAAUAAUUCACAUAACAGCUCUAAUGACAGUUUUCUCUUUACACAAGUAGAUAAUAUAAACGAUAUGAACAGUGAUAAUUGUACUACGAUUUCUAAUCUUAAUGAUAAAAACAAACAUAAUGGUAAAACUACAAGGAAUGUCUUAAACAUGACUAGUAAUAUGAAACGAAGAAAAAUUAUAGACAACCAGAUGGAAAAUGCUCAAAAUUUUGGGAAUCUUACCAAUAAUAAUGACAUAGAAGGAAAUAUUUUCAGUAUAUCUGGAGAUAACAAUAGAACAUCUGAUCUUAUCGAUUAUAGAAGAAAUCUAAACGAUGAUAAUAACAACAAUAUGAGAUGGAACUUUCUUGGAAAUUCUUCCCAUGUCGAUUAUGGUAACGAGGAUAUCAAGAGUAGUAGGAAUGUGGUGCAUUUUCAACCACAUAAUGCCAAAACGGAAGAACAAAAGAAUCCAAGGGUAUGUACCAAAAGCAACGAAUAUGAAUAUUUUGACACAAAUUAUAAUUCAUCUGGUAGAUAUAUUAAUAAAGAAAAUAUGGAAAAUGAUAUUAUGGAAUACCUUGAUAAUCGAUUUACUUAUUUUCAAGCAAAUAAUGAAGUAUUAACAAUUUUAUAUUUAAAACAAGAAUGUUUUAAUUUUAUAACGCAUUAUUACAGCUUUAAUGAGAUAGGGAAAUACAUAUUUUUUUUUUUAUUAAAUAAUGUGCAACUUAGUUAUUGUGCUGAAGAAAAUAAUUAUAAAGACAUCUCUAUCUUUUGUUCAUUUGAAAAUAUAGAAAAAUAUGUAAUAGAAAAUUUAAAAAAAAAAAAUAUAUAUAUAGAUAGAAAUAUAGUGUUACAAAAUUUAAAUAAUUUGAUAAAAUAUCCAGACCAAUUAAUAAAAACACAACGUAAUGAAACAAUUACAUAUGCUGCUGAUUUUGAAAAUGUUAAAAAUAUAUAUAAAAAUAAAAUUAUAACAAAUUUCAUAGAAAGUAUGAACGGGAUAAGUGCUCUCAGAAUUUGGAAAUUUCUUGCAUCCGCACCCUCACAAAAAGUAAAUGAUGAAAUCAUAAGUGAAAAUGUUUUAAUACCCCUAAAUGAUGUGAGAAAAAAAUUAUAUAAUUUGCUAUAUCAUGGAUACAUAAAAUGCCAUGAAUGCAACAAUAGCAAUGUUAACAAGACUUACAUUAAACACUCUUUGUCAUUUUCCACAAACAUUUACUAUACCACCAAUAAAAUAAAGGAAAACUUAUUUACCAUCGCAAAAAAUAUAUACAUACGUAAGUUACACGAAAAUAAUGAAAUAAACAUCCUACAUAAUAAGUCCAAUAUUUGUGCAAACGAUAUGGCUAAAGAGUCUCCAAGUUCAGUACAUACCAAUCAGGUACGUAUCUCCAAUGAGGCCUAUAACCCUCCUGAUAGCACUAGUGAAAAAAAAAAAAAAAUCAGUUUGACAUCACGUGAAUAUGCUGUGGAUUAUCUAGAAAUAAGCCUAAUAAACCUCGACAAAUUAAUUUUUAUAUUUAACUCCUAG